GCCCAGUGUUUGCAUCCGGAGAAUGGUGACUGCUUUUGCAUAACGCAUUUGCCUUCCGGUGACCUGAUGACGAUGGCGGAUGUGGGUGUCUUGACAAGCGCCGUACUUUGCGUAAAACACAAGCGCAAGUGGAAGAAAAGACUUUGCACUCUUUUGAAGCCGGCCACUUUUAACGAUUCAUUAAAACUACUCGUGAUGGAUAAUGAGAGCAACUCAUGUCUAAUUGAAGACGUGAUCCACGCCUUUUUGUGGUUUCUUGAUCCGAAUCACCAUAGCACUUUGAUGCUUGUUUGCGAUUAUAAAGUUCGUUGUAUCUCCUUCGACUGCAUUGAAGACCUAACUACGUGGGUGGAACUACUCAAAAAGCACCUGAAAUGCAACUACUUUCAUGCAGAUCUGGUUUUGGCUUCGAAAAAGAGCAGCUUGUACAACCACGCUCGUCGUCGCUGUCGCCAACUGCGCUGUGAUCCAUCACACAAACGCUCACACAGCAACCUGGGUACGAAUGGAACUGGCAUGUUUCGUGUGUCGGCAGCCUGCAGUGAUGGGUACUUGCAUGUCACUCGUGAUCGUAUCUGCUUCACCACCGGGCCCAACUGCGCUAGACCUCGUAUUUUGGCCUGUUGGAGCUUUGAGAACGACGAUCUGAUCCAGUGUGGUACCGCACGUGCGAAAAGUGAGGUGAUCGAAUCAGAUUCGUACUUUUUCCUUACCGCCUCACCGGAUCAUCCUGAGGCCCCCGGGGGCCACUUGUUCAUUUCCGAUAGGGCAAAUGAUCUAUGCGAGCGGAUCGAGACCAACAGUCGUACUGCUAUUUAUCAGGCAGAAUGGCGUCGAUUCACUUCAAUCGCCAUGGUGUUGGACACUACCUGCCUGCCAUCCUCGCCCACCACUGCUUCGCCGCAGCACACGGUAGUCAAUCCUCCUCCAAACGGCCUGAUUGAGCAUCCGCCUUCAUUUACCGUUCUCCGUUCCACCAACCUUUCGAAUCUGCGCUCCAAGCAAUGCUUAUCUCAUGGGUGUCACCCUUCCUUUUGUCAACAUCCUAUGCCUGAACAUACAUCUGAAUGUGGCCAAGAACAGGGUGCAUCGAAUCCGCUUGCCGCUGUAUCCACUGAACACGCGCAGAUCGAGCAACAGUUACAGGAAGCAUUGGAUGAAGUCUCAGACGGGGAUUCGCAAGGAUCUGCUCCUUUGUCAUCUUUGUCUGCCACAUCCUCACUGCAUGAACAAGAGGUCCAGUUCCCUGCUCACGAACACACCGACUCUGGUGGACAAGUGGACAUACCACGACUUACCACUGAUUAUUCUCCCCACGCUUUGCACUUUUCAAAGGAGCCACACUCUACCGACAAAGGCCCUUCUGCCAACUGCUUGAUCCAAGCGGAAUUCGCAGCCCGAAAGCGGAAUGCGAUGAAUUCCAGACGACGAUUCUCCAGCCACCCAGUAGAUUUCCGUGGAAUGUAUCCUUUUGCUGCGAACCCUUUUGGGUACCAGUGUCUACCUGGUGAACGGCUGUCAACGCACCACAAUUCCGCACGUACUUCUCUGGGACCAACCACUUGUUCGUUUCACAACACUCCACACUCCCAUUCAUCGUGCUCCGCCUCUGAGUCGCACCUACUGUUGGGACAUGGUUGGCGACAAUCAGAACCACAACUGGUGACCUUGCCCUCGCACCCUGUUCCGCUGUAUGAGCUGGAUUGCUUCCUGCGACGACUUAAAGGGGAACACCCCCACUUGCACAGGUCACCACAGACGUGUGAAACGGCGGCUCUCCAUCCUCUCCCAUGUCAGGCGGCCAUCGAGUGCAAGUGCUCUCGAAAUGAAGAUACUGUGGCAUCGAAGUCUUCGUUCGGCGUCACUACAUGCCAUCGGUUGAGCGAGUGUUCCACUACAAGCACUAAUGAGCUUCUCCAUUCCAGUCAGCAAUCUUCACAGCGUUCCUGUCCUCAAUGCAUCUCCACUUUCGACGCCGGUGAAGGCCAACUUUCCCUCGCCGGCUCCGUCACCCAAUCUGCCGAGCCACCUGCUUUUGGGGUGCCGACAAAUCGGCGGAAACGUCUACCCAGCAGUUGGUCUACGGCCAUCAGUGCGCCGCAUCGUACAGACCCGACGAGACAUCACAUACGAACACAAUCCGACACGUUCCAUGGGACUCAGCCCCCAUUACUUAAUCGCUCAUUCUCCAGCGGUAGCAGCCCUCAAUGCACAUACACCCCACUACUUCCCACGUCAAUUGUAAUCCCUGGAAGUCAGUAUUUCUUCUAUCAGCGAUGCCACACCGCUAGUACCAGUGAAGCCGUCGUUCCCUUAUCUAACCAGGAUCCAGGCGUUUUCGAUGAUUCUUCGGUCUCGAUUGCACUCGCUUCCCAAAAUUCUUUCCGGCCUACAGCUAAAGCCUCUUUGGUUUCCCUAUCUCCGUCGUCCCUUCCCCUAUGGGCGGAAGCUCCAGGUUCUUCAAAGCCACGUACGGGGAGAAAUUACGUCUCUCGGGAGGCACUUCUUGCUUUGCAUUCUCAGCGGAAGCUGCAUCAAUCCUCCGAUCCUUCGUCGCCCUCCGGGGACCGCCAUCCUGAUGAUCAACCAGAGAUCGCUGGUACACAGGCUCAAUCGCACUCUUUUUCGGAAUCACUCGGUGAGUCCACCCAGUCCUCCGUUCUCAAUCCGCCUAUGGAACCCAAUUCGCUUUCUUGUCCGAACGAUACUUCCACCACCGAGUCACAGCGCACUGAGACGCCACAGGCAGUUGGUCAAGAGCUAUCUCAAUUCGGACGAUCGUACAUCAAUGUUGGUCCUAAUCGCCGAGUCAGUUUGCAGCCGAUUGACGAACGCGAGGCUAUGCGUUCGGUGCUGGUGCAGCCCAUUGCCUCGAAUAAUCGAGAUCUCUUGACUAAUGAAGAUGCCACUAACUUCACUCGGUUGCCUGAUCUGGACGAAGGGGCUAGCGGGUCCGUGAUCACGCUGUGUAGUUACGUCAACGUGAGCGAUUUGUCUAAAUCUGUGUCCGGCAUUGGGACGAGCUCGGCUUCGUCUUCCUUCUCCUCCUCCAUGCCACCCGUUGCCGUUCCACCGGUCUCCUCUCAAUACUACGUGAAUUUGGCUUCACGCGCGACGACCAUUAGCCUAGACGAAUCUUCCCAUGGCUUACGCAGUAUCCCGCAACAUUUUCAACAGAGCAUUCAUGACACCCACCGAUCCCACGAAGCAGAUUAUGUGGUGCCCAUUCCUUCCACAUCACCAACCUGUAGCACGCGGAUCACAUGCGAUGCUAUAGCUUCACAAGCACAUCGGUUGCACUAUGCUCAUCUCACGUUGUCCACUGGACAAGCUUGGCGCCCGUUUGCUACUAGUGGACAGUCUACCGCUUCCCCCACUCCUUGCCAUUCCGGUACCGUAAAAUGUCUAUCGGAAUCACGCGGAUCAGAGUCGAUCCCAAGCAGCCUCCCAUGUGUUUCCCAUGAUCCACCUACAUGUGGUCCCUCAUCAUCCAAAGGUAUUGCUCCAGAUGAUGACGGGGACUCUUCAUCCGCUGGUCUAAACUACGUGACAAUCGAUUUGUUCCAAACCAAGGCCUUGUCGGAGGUGGAGAAGGAGUUGCGGCUACAUACCGCCUCUGAGACCGCAUCGCGAUCUCUGUUCCAAGCCGGAAGGCAACAGAGAUGGCGUAGCAACUCUCGGAGAGGUUUGGUCGCUUCUAACACGCUUCUUUCCAAUAUGCCACAUGAUACACCCUCGGGCCCUGGCAACGCCUGUCACUCUGGACUUCAUUCCACCGAUAACCUGUGUCCAUCGUCUCUGUCUUCCCGAAUAUUCCACCGCUUGGUUGCGUCUUUCCAUCCUCAAGGCGCGUUUGCUCGAAAAUCGUCAUCAACUUCUGGAUGCCGACACUUGCAUCAAUUCGGUAAAGCCGUAUGAACGACUUGACCGGUAGUAAUGGUAGCGCCUAUUCACCUAAGUUAAGAUCACGAUCGUCAGAUGAUGAUAUUCUAAACGGUUAACCAUACCCUCCAUGGCUGUUCACUCACUCUGUCUUGUGGAUACUUUAGGCUUCUUUGUUUGUAUUCUUUUUUCGGUUACUGCAGUCAGCGGUGAUGUUCCAUCGUUCGACUCGUAUUCACUUUCUACCGCGCCGUAAUCAUCGUCACAAUUCUUGCCCAUCCCUUGUUUACUGUUGUGUGGUACUCGUUUCUUCUUUUGGUGCGUUUCUCUUUUGAUCAUAUGAGAGUUCCUAACUUGGCAUAUUUUUGUAUAAAUGAUAGCAAUAUUUGUUGUGUUU